UUUUUCUUUUUUGGUUCUUGAUUAUUACCGUCCUUCCUUGUACUGUCAAAUAUUCAAUCAUGAGUUAUGAAUCCAGUGCGAAACAUCCGACAGAAGUAACAUCGCUAGGUGUGAAAUUUACCAGCGAUAAAGUGUUACCGUCCUUCACAGUAUUCACCAAGGCUACGCAUGAACUUCCUCCUUCAACACUUAUAACGCCUCUUCCUAUUUUACCUAAACCACAACAGAUAACUCAACCACCAGAGCGAAAUAACUCUGGAAGAGACUCUUCCGUAUCAGAUCAGCAUCUUUGUUUAUCACCCUAUUCCUAUCAUACCUCUCACACUAGUCAUGCACUUGACAGAUCAGUAAGACGAGCAUCUGAUCCCACUGCUUCGGCAAGCGACAGCAGCAACCGCACUCCAACAGUAAAACGACCUGCACCGAUGAUGACGUCUGAGGAAAUAUUAGCAGAAAAAAGACGAAGAAAUGCCGGUGCUAGUGCUCGAUUUCGCGACAGACGUAAGCAAAAAGAAAAGGAUUUAGCGAAAAGAUGCCAGAUACUUGAGCAACGCACCCAAGAGUUGGAAGCAGCUUUACGCCACUAUAACCCAAAUCAUGCAUUGUUAUUGGUCAGCAUAGCGCCACAACAAUUACCAGCAUUGCCUGAAACAACACAUACAAUGAAAGCAAGCCGCUUUGAUAAUGGCGGCGAUAGUGUGAAUAAUGGCGAGCUCAGUUGUUGAUUUACUGACACGCGUCCAUCGAUUGGAAAAGAUGGUUUUCCAGCUGAAAGAAGAGAGAAACAGCGACACGCCACUUGUUCCAACAAAAGAAGAAGAUGCUUCUAAGGCGUAAUUUCACUGGCGCCUACCAUUGUUAACUACCUUUUUUUUAGGUAAAGGGCCCAACAAUAAUAACAUAUCUUAUCUUUAUAGCGCAAGUCUGCUGUUAACGCUAACCACUAAUAAACAGAGAGAUAUGUUGAGUUCUUUUAUAAUACAAGAUAUGUGACAAGUUUAGCUGUACGCUGGAAGUGGUGCUGGGAGGUGCUGGCGGGUGAGGAUUGAAAGGCAAUGAGAAAGUCCAGAUUUGGAAAGAAUUGUUCUCUUUUUUUUUUUCUGCUUUCCUUUCUUU